UUAGUUUGGGUAUUCUUCUCCGAAACGAGGUUGUGUUUGGUUGGUUUCGAAUUUGAUGAUGGAUGUUCGAAUGUUGGCUUCUCCCUUCCCUGGCUACGUAAAACCCUUUGCAAGACCAAACCCUUCUUUUCUUACGCUCAGGGCAUCUUCUCUGCGCCAUAACUACCCUCUUGCAAGCAAAAUUAUUGUUAAAAAUUUACCAUAUUCUACGGGUGAGACUACUUUGCAGAAGGAUUUUUCAAAUUUUGGCGAGAUAGCUGAAGUUAAAAUGCUAAAAGACGUGAACACGAAAAAAUCCAAGGGUAUUGCUUUUAUUCAAUAUACAUGUCAAGAUGCUGCCAUGCUUGCACUAGAAACCAUGGAUCAGAAGAAUUUUUAUGGUCGAACAAUCCAUGUGGAAAUUGCAAGAUUGGGUUGGGAUGAUUUUGGUGCAUCCCCAAGGGCCUCAGGGCCCCCAAAGAAGUGGGAUUUGCCUGAUCAAGGAGAAGUCAUAGAUUGUUGGUACUAAUCAAAAUUCUUAGCAUAAUUGAAUAAAGCUGUACAAGAGAAAAUGAUGGAACAACAAAUAUUAAAGUUAUACAAGAAUGACUAUAUAGGCUUGAAUGUUGAUGUAAUGAUAUUUUUGUAAUAAUAUUGAUGCAAUACUGUAGUUCAUGUGAUCUUUCACGUUAGUACUCUAGAUUUGAAUGAAA